GGCACGAAAACAAAAACAAGUUGAGCUGUAUUUAUUAUUAAACUUUUCAUAUUAUCCCUAUUAUUAUUAGUUAGAACUAAGCAUAAGAAAAUGAUUUCGGAGUUCGCGAAAGAAAAAGUAUUCUGGACGAGGAAAAUGAAUUUAAAAUUGGUCAAGUUUAUGGAGAGCAGGCCCAAUAUUUGGAAUCCGAAACAUCCGAAAUACACCUCGGUGAAAUAUAGGGACAAAACUUACGCAGAAUUCGCUUCACAAUACGGUAAUGAGUUCACAGGCCAAGCUGUUAAAGAUCGCUGGACGAAUAUAAGAUCUACCUUUGCCAAUUACUUACGAAAAAUUAAAGCAAGUCAAGCCAAAAACAAUGGAGAGGCAUGUAAAAUAACAUGGCAUUUAUGGGAUGCAUGCAAGUUUUUACUCAAGGCAAACAAAAAUGUUCAAUCAGAUUCCAUUGAGUUCAAUCAUGAAGACUUCAAAGUUGAUUCAAUGAAACAAGAAGACUCCUGUGAUGAUAAUUCAGACAAAUCAAAUGAAGAUGACACAACUUGUGACAACAUAGCUAAUAGUAUACUCAAUGUAUUCCGAGGCGUUCAAAAUGAUACAUUCGGUUUAGAUAACUCAAAGUAUGGACAAAUAGGCAGAUUAGUGGCCACUAAGUUGUCACAAAUGAGUUCCUAUGAUGCUGCACAAAUGUCUAAUAAAAUAAUGGAAUUAUUAUUGCUGUAUAAUGAAGAUAACCCGCAAAACCCAAAUAAUGUGAAACCGGAGUUGCGGUAAAAGAUUGUAAAUUUUGUAUGUAG